AGCAAUCGCUGGGAAUGUGUGAAACACCAUGCUCGUUGGUGAUGAUUGGUCAACCAACACGUGUUGAGAAUAGCUGGAUGGUGAGGCACAACAAAGCGUCCGGUAUUAAAUAUCAAACUUUUUUAAAACAAAUUGCCGAUUUGUAAAGCUGUUCUGAUAAUCAUUUUAAUUUGCACACCUCAAUAUGAAAUACAUAUUGGUUACUGGUGGAGUAAUCUCUGGUAUUGGCAAAGGAAUCAUUGCCAGCAGUGUUGGAACAAUCCUCAAGUCCUGUGGCCUGCAUGUCACAGCAAUCAAAAUCGACCCCUACAUCAACAUAGAUGCUGGGACCUUCUCACCGUAUGAACAUGGGGAGGUUUUUGUGUUGGAUGAUGGUGGGGAGGUGGACUUGGACCUGGGGAACUACGAACGCUUCCUGGACAUCCGGCUGACCAGGGACAACAAUUUGACCACCGGCAAGAUCUACCAGUCAGUCAUCAACAAGGAGAGGAGGGGGGACUACCUGGGCAAGACUGUACAAGUGGUGCCACACAUCACAGAUGCCAUCCAAGAAUGGGUGAUGCGCCAGGCCAAGAUACCUGUGGAUGAUGACGACAUGGAACCCCAAGUGUGUGUAAUAGAGUUAGGGGGCACUGUAGGGGACAUUGAGAGCAUGCCUUUCAUCGAAGCCUUUAGACAGUUCCAGUUCAAGGUCAAGAAAGAGAACUUCUGCAACAUCCAUGUCAGUCUCAUACCACAGCCCAGUGCUACAGGAGAACAGAAGACCAAGCCAACCCAGAACAGUGUCCGGGAGCUAAGAGGACUGGGCCUGUCCCCCGAUCUGAUCAUGUGUCGCUGUUCCACUCCGCUGGAGAACUUGGUCAAAGAGAAGAUCUCCAUGUUCUGCCACGUGGAACCAGAACAGGUGAUCUGUGUCCAUGACGUGUCGUCCAUCUACCGGGUGCCCCUCCUGCUGGAGGACCAGGGUGUGGUGGGCUACUUCGCCCGCAGGCUGGAGAUGCCCAUCGAGACGCGGCCCAGGAAGAUGCUCACCAAGUGGAAGGAGAUGUCAGACAGAUCAGACAGAUUGCUGGAACACUGCUCUAUAGCACUCGUGGGGAAGUACACCAAAUUCUCAGACUCCUACGCCUCAGUUAUCAAAGCAUUGGAGCACUCAGCUCUAGCCAUCAGCCACAAACUGGAGGUCAAGUAUGUAGACUCUGCAGACUUGGAGCCAGAAAAGCUGCAGGAGGAGCCAGUGAAGUACCAUGAGGCGUGGCAGAAGCUCUGCAGUGCAGAUGGUAUUCUGGUUCCGGGGGGGUUUGGUGUCCGAGGGACCGAGGGAAAGAUCCACGCCAUCAACUGGGCCAGGAAACAGAAGAAACCCUUUCUAGGUGUGUGUUUGGGUAUGCAGCUGGCCGUGUGUGAGUUUGCCAGGGAUGUUCUGGGUUGGAAAGAUGCCAACUCCACAGAAUUUCACCCAGAAUCUAAGCACCCAGUGGUGAUUGAGAUGCCAGAACACAAUCCUGGCCAAAUGGGUGGGACCAUGAGGCUUGGAAAGAGACGGACCAUCUUCAAGAGCACCAACAGCAUAUUGCGAAAGCUUUACGGAGAUGUUGAGUAUGUCGAUGAAAGACACAGACACCGAUUUGAGGUCAACCCAGAGCUGAAGCAGCACUUUGCUGCAAAGGGCCUCCACUUCGUAGGGGAAGAUGUGGAAGGAGAGAGGAUGGAGAUCAUAGAGCUGGAUGAACAUCCGUACUUUGUGGGGGUCCAGUACCACCCUGAGUUCACGUCCCGCCCCAUAAAGCCCUCCCCACCGUACUUCGGUCUGCUGCUGGCUGCGUCCGGGAAGCUGCAGGGCUACCUCCAGAAGAACUGCCGCCUGUCUCCACGGGACACGUACAGUGACCACAGCGGCAGCAGCAGUCCAGACUCUGAGGGCAACUUCAUCCCAGAUACCUCAAUCUCCCGGGAGAUGAAAUAGGAGUGCCAAGCCUUAUAGCUCCAUGUAUAUUUUACUGGAUGAGGUUACAUAUCUUUAGCCAAUUUAAGUGUUCAGGUGAUGUAAACACAUGAACAGGACUGAAUUAACCAGGCUCACCUGAACUACUCACAGGGAUUUGUAUUUUUUAAUGCUCCUGACCUGGCAGGUUAAGCCAUACUAACACUGUUGCCAGUACUCAUUGUAUUCAUUUACAUGAUUGCCAUGAAAUUAGUCUAAGUAUUUCAAGUUGACUUUACAUGUGCCAGUUAAUGCUGCCUUAUGUAAAUAUGUAUCUGAGUUAAAGGACCAUGCAGUAAAAUGUAAGUUGAGCUAAUGCUUAAUAAAUCAGGACAAUAAAUUUGGAAACCCACUCCAUUAUG